GAGUGUGUGAGUGUAUAGUCGUGCCGUGAUACGGAUCGUUGUUGAUCGUCGUGGGAUUGUUGCGUCUAGUUUGUGUCGUUGCAUCAGCCUGUGCAAUGUUUAGCUAUUUUCGGGUUGUUCAUGUCAACGAAUGUGAUUUUCGUGGCGAGUGAGCUACAGCCAGAAAAUGGCCGAGUCUGAACAAAGAGGCGGUUGCAACACAGCGAUGUCGAAGGAGAUAAUGGUGAAGCAAGAAAAACGUGAGACAUUGACGAAUGGCGGGAAGGGCUCUGGAGAUGACGCGGACAGCCUCGAAGAAUUACCGCUCGACAUAGGCGAGCACUACCUCGUUCGCAGAUCCGACGACUCCUGGCAUCCUGCUGAAAUAAUUCAGACACGUUAUAAUGAAAGUGAAAGUCAUUAUGAAUACUACGUCCACUAUGAAGGACAUAACAGAAGAUUGGAUGAAUGGGUACCUCGUGAUAGAAUUAUGUCUAGCAGAUUUGACAUGAGUGAGAUUGAACGGCAUGACAGGAAUUCUGGAACUGAUCUGUUAGCAGAUUCUUCUGAUCGCAAGAUCACCAGGAAUCAAAAGAGGCGCCAUGAUGAGAUUAACCAUGUACAAAAGACUUAUGCAGAAAUGGAUCCCACUACAGCUGCAUUGGAAAAGGAACAUGAAGCUAUAACAAAAGUGAAGUACAUAGAUAGGAUACAGAUUGGCAAGUAUGAGAUUGAUACUUGGUAUUUUAGUCCAUAUCCUGAAGAAUAUGGUAAACAAGCAAAACUUUGGAUUUGCGAAUACUGCUUGAAGUAUAUGCGUCUUGAGAAAACAUACAGAUAUCACAUGAGUGAAUGUACGCACAGACAGCCAGUUGGAAAGGAAAUCUAUCGGAAGGGCACAUUAAGUAUUUAUGAAGUAGAUGGCAGGGAACACAAAAUUUAUUGUCAGAAUCUAUGUUUGCUAGCUAAGUUAUUCUUGGAUCAUAAAACACUUUAUUUUGACGUGGAGCCGUUUCUUUUUUACAUUUUGUGCGAGGUGGAUAAGCAUGGUGCGCAUUUAGUUGGUUAUUUUUCAAAGGAGAAAGAAUCGCCCGACGGUAACAAUGUUGCGUGCAUCUUAACUCUGCCGCCUUUCCAAAGACAGGGCUAUGGCAAAUUGCUCAUAGCCUUUAGCUAUGAAUUAAGCAGGAUUGAACAAACUGUUGGAAGUCCAGAAAAACCUUUAAGCGACUUAGGAAAAUUGUCCUACCGCAGUUACUGGAGUUGGAUUCUGCUGGAAAUCCUUCGAGAUUUUAGAGGAACGCUUAGUAUUAAAGAUCUCAGUCAAAUGACCAGCAUCUCACAAACCGAUAUCAUAUCAACGUUACAAAGUAUGAACAUGGUUAAAUAUUGGAAAGGACAGCACGUCAUUUGCGUUACACCUAAGUUAGUGGAAGAACACAUAAAAAGCAGUCAGUACAAGAGGCCACGUCUUACGGUCGAUAGCAGCGCGUUGAGAUGGGGGGCACCGCCCCGAAAAAAUGUGAAACCUGGCAAGAAGUAACAUUUAAAUACAAUGGUCUUUUUUUUUACACUGAUAAAUUAUUUGACGAUAUCGUUUUAAUGCUCGAUGAAUAAUCUGUUACGUUAAUUUACAAUAUGACAUUUAUAAGUUAGUAACUUCAUAAUGCAUUCACGUACACGAUUAAUAUCGAAUUGCUCGUUUCACAAUCUUACAAAAUAGUCAGCAGCUCGUGAUACUUGAUAUGUUAAUGAUCUUACUAAUAAGAAAACAAAGUGUUGCUAUUAUAUUUUGACAAAUUGUCAGGAUUUAUUGUCUCGAACAAGAUGUUAUGAUUUGCAAUCAGCGAAAUAUAUUUCUCCGCUAAACGGAGUAUAAACAUG